UUUUACAAGUAACCCCGCCUUCUGAUGAAGACGCGCUUGCUGCCCCCGACAAUGGAUGUAUUGCUUAUGUUCUCCGUACGGGCUUUGGAACCGCCCAGGGAAAGCUCGUCCGCACAAUGGUGUACAGUACUGAGCACGUUUCAGCAAACAAUUUUGAAUCCUUCCUUUUUAUCCUAUUCUUAUUGAUAUUUGCAAUCUCAGCUGCAUCAUAUGUUUGGAUUAAAGGCGUCGAAAAUAACCGAAAGAAGUCAAAACUUCUGCUCGAUUGCAUAUUAAUUAUUACGUCUGUUGUGCCACCGGAGCUACCAAUGGAAUUGUCUUUAGCAGUUAAUACGUCGCUGGUUGCAUUGGCAAAAUUUGCUAUUUAUUGCACCGAACCAUUUAGAAUACCCUUCGCUGGAAAGAUUGAUGUGUGUGCAUUUGAUAAAACUGGUACCCUUACCGGAGAAAAUCUAGUAGUUGAGGGCAUUGCCGGAAUUCACCCCGAAGGUUCCAAAGCUCUCGUGAAACCCGUUGAUGCACUUCGAGACAUAACCGUGCCAUUUUAG